AGAGUUCGGAGGACGGUAUUAAAGACUGGACGCUUCCGGUAGACGGCAGCUGUGGCGGGGCUUGCUGGGAUCAUGGCGGAGAAUCACUGCGAGCUGCUGCCGCCGGCCCCGGGCGGCCUCGGGGCGGGGCUGGGGGCUGGCCUGUGCCGCCGCUGCAGCGCGGGGCUCGGCGCCCUGGCCCAGCGCCCCGGCAGCGUGUCCAAGUGGGUCCGGCUCAACGUCGGCGGCACCUACUUCCUCACCACCCGGCAGACGCUGUGCCGGGACCCGAAGUCCUUCCUGUACCGUUUGUGCCAGGCCGACCCCGACCUGGACUCGGACAAGGAUGAAACCGGUGCCUAUUUAAUCGACAGAGACCCCACCUACUUUGGGCCCGUGCUAAACUACCUGAGACACGGCAAGCUGGUCAUUAACAAAGACCUCGCAGAGGAGGGAGUGUUAGAGGAAGCGGAAUUUUACAACAUCACCUCACUAAUAAAACUUGUAAAGGACAAAAUUAGAGAACGAGACAGCAAAACAUCCCAGGUGCCGGUGAAGCACGUGUACCGCGUGCUCCAGUGUCAGGAAGAGGAGCUCACGCAGAUGGUGUCCACGAUGUCUGACGGCUGGAAGUUCGAGCAGCUGGUCAGCAUCGGCUCUUCCUACAACUACGGGAGCGAGGACCAGGCUGAAUUCCUAUGCGUGGUCUCCAAGGAACUGCACAACUCCCCGUACGGCACGACCAGUGAGCCCAGUGAGAAGGCCAAGAUUUUGCAAGAACGGGGUUCGAGGAUGUGAGAAGCAUAGUGUUGACAGCUGAAGAAACAUUUUAUCUUUUCCCAAGAUGCAACGAUCUGCCAUGUCGAGGAAGCUUGGCCGUGAGAAGAAACCUGCUUUUGACAAUUUC